AGCCACCGACUUCUGAGGACCCACCACCGUGUUGUCGAAGAUGAGGAAGACUCUUCCGAGGAGAGGACCCUCUCUCAGUCUCAAGUAAAGUCGAUUCUCGACGAGAUGGGCCUCUCUUGGACCAAAUACCUGAAAAACCCGAACUAUCUCCUACGUCACAAGAGGUACGAGGAGUACAGACAGCUCGCUAACAAGAUUAUUGACGGCCAAAAGCCCCACGGACCUCCGAAGAUCACGUAUGAGCACCACCAUUAUGGAUAA